AUGGUGGAUUGCAAGAAAGGAGAUACAGAGACCAAGAAAACAAAGAUGGAAGUAGUGACACCAUAUUUGAGUACUGCUCCAUCAACACCCAAAAACCACUUUGGCGAGCACUUUUUAAGUGCCCCCACGAGUCCCAGACGGAUUUCUGAGUUCUACAACAAUUUUGAUGAUGUCUCCGUAAUAAGCAGGAGCGUUGCAGUAGUCCCAUUUGACUGGGAAGAAAAACCCGGUACGCCGAAAUCAUCGAAACCAACGGAUGCUUGCGAGGACGACUUCGCGUUCGACGUGAGUGAGGAAACAGAGAAAUCGAGAAUUCUCCCAGCCGAAGAGCUCUUCGACUGCGGUAAAAUCCGGCCGUUGAAGCCUCCACCUCAUGUCAAAGUAAGAGGCAAGAAGGACGAGUGUCAGAUUCGGAAGAGGUUUCCGAUAUCUGACAUUCGUGGCGCUUUCUCGCCGAGAAAGAAGAAAGAAUUCGACCCUUUUGGAAAACCAGUUCCAAAUAGUACCGAAAAAAGGAGCGAGAAUGAGAGAGGGAGAGAGAGAGUCUCUUCUUUGUCGACAUCCUCGAAUUCGGGCUGUAGAGGAGCAAGAUCAGUGUCCCCUUACAGGGUUUCAAAGUACCCGUGGGAAGAAGAACAAAAAACAGAAAACACUGGCGAAAUCGUUUCGAAAGCGCCGGCUUUGUUGUCUUCGUCUUCGAAAAACAAAAGAAAAUGGAGAUUGAAGGAUUUCUUCUUGUUCAGGAGCGCGUCGGAAGGGCGAGCAGUCGAUAGGGAUCCUCUGAGGAAAUACACAAAUUUUUUCACGAGACGCGAAAAUGUGAAGUAUUCGAGCUUGAGAUCGGCAGUGGGGUCCGAUUCGGGGUCGAGUUUGAGGAGAAGGGGACGUGUUUCGGCUCAUGAGAUGCAUUACACGGUGAAUCGAGCAGUUUCGGAGGAUUUGAAGAAGAAGACGUUUUUACCUUACAAGCAGGGGAUUUUAGGGAGACUGGCAUUCAAUCCUGCAGUUCAUGCACUUGCCAAUGGCUUCGGGUUUUCGCGCAAAUGA